UAUUAUGCCUAAUUUUAUUUUUCCUUUACUUUACAGGAAUAGGACACUUCAGAGUCAUAUAGUCGAGAAUGUAAUUGGGAAUGAUGAUAUUUUGGUGACAGCUGGUUAGAAUGGGGAAUUAGUGAUUUGGAAAUAGAGUCUAAAUCCAAGAAUAGUUAUCUACCCGAACUUGUCAAAUGCAUAUGGAAAGUUACUGACUAUGAAUUUAGUUCGUUUGCCUUUCCUUAACAUUUUAGAUAGAGCAGAAUAAUGUGUACUCACAAUCCAUGAGGAUAAGAGAAUUAGAAUAUUUGAUUGCCAUGAUGGACGCUGCGUUGCAAUAUCAGCACAUGAUAGUGCAGGACCUGUGCAAUACUGUGUUCCUUUAAGUUCCAAUAAUUGUAGAUUCUUGAUAUUGGGGAUGUAGAAUGGUUUGAGUCUUUUCGAUCUUUGGAAAAUGAAGAGUGUAAAACAGUAUGAAUGUAAAGUGCGUUCAUUGUGUCAACUCGAUAUUAAUACAGUUUGCGUGCUGGAUCAAGAAAACUAUUUGCAUCUUAUCAAUCUAUCUCCUCUGAACAAUGAAAGAUAUUUGAAUUUUAAGGAAUUCAAGAGGAAGCGAGAGUAGAUCAAAUAAGACUUUAAAGAGCUGAAGCUGUGUGAUGGAUUGAAGAAACUCAAAAUCGAAGGUAUUUCAAGUAAUCGCAUCAGACACAUGAGCUUUAAUUAAGAAAAUCAACAUUUGACUAUCUUGAUGCAUCGACAAAUUUACUUACUUUUUGAUAUCUUUGAAACUCCAUGGAUAUUAUGUGUGAGUUAAUCCAAAAACAACUAAAAGUUUGAUAAAGUGUAUUACUCAAAAGAAUGUCUAUACAUAACUACUAGAAAUGGAAGUGUCCUUGGUUUGGAAUACAAAGACAUUAAAUACCUGCUAUCUAUUUUAAAAGAGCAAUCUGAUUUUGUCUAUGGCUUUAAAGAGUUUCAAUUCACUAAAAUAGCAGAUUCCUAAUUCAGCAGGUUGUAGGUUAAUUUUUAAGAAUUGAUCACAGGGUCUGAAGAUUAGAAAGAGUAAAAUGGUAUUAUCAUUCUAAAGACUCUUGUGUAUUAAUACAAAAACCAAUGUCUAUGUAAGUAUAAUUUAAAAGAUGUGACCUUGGACAUGUCAUUGCUUCUUAUAAAUUAACCGGAUUCAGACAUCAAAUUCAAUGGGUUUUAAUGGUCAUUCAAUACUUUCAGUGAUUUGAUAAAGAUUGAAACGUUGAAGCUAGGAUGCAAAUAGGUGGAUGCAUUUAAUUUCAAAGAAUUUGGUUAAGAUGAUUUGCUGUGGAAUUUGGGUCAAAUGACUACCAAGGAAUUUUAGACUAAAUAUCUACCAUACAUAAAUAUCGACACAUAAAUUACAUGUGCUUUCAUUAGUGUAAACGAAGAGAGUUAAACUUAUUGGUUUGGUUGUAGUAAUGGUAUCAUACUCGGAUUCCCCACUGUAUAUAGCAGUAAAUCAUAUUUCAUCUACAGAAUCAAAAUGGAUGAAAAGCCAGUCACCUUUAUAUAUUAGAAGGGAAAGUAUUUGAUUGGUAGUUCUGAAAGUGGAUAAUUCAUAAUCAUGGAUUACAGUCUAGUGUUUAAUGAGAGGAUGGGGGAACAAUAAGUGGAAUUCAUAGAUUUGGAACCAACGCAGAGAAUUUACUUCCCAAGUUAUGCAAAGAAAACAAUAAGAAUCCACAAAUUGGAGAAUGAAUCAUAUGAAGAAGUGUAGUCAAAUAAUUAACAGUAGAAAUUUUAAAAGAUUGCCAUCUUGAUGGAGAAUAAUGUCAUUAUAAUAAUAAAUUAAUAAGUUGGAGGAGUGUAAUUGAAAUUGCAUGGAAUUAAUCAAUAGGUUUUGGGUUUGUAUUAUGAAGAUCAAGGAGAUUAGUGGUUUGUAGUGGUUCAGGGUGGAGAGUCCUUGGUAUUUGAUUACAAGGGAAGAUAUUUGAGAACAUUGAGGAUAGAGUAAUACCAUUCUCUAUUUUAAGUGGAAAAGAAACUGACUAAAGUUAAAGAAAAAGUGAUCAGCCAUCAUUAUUUAAGUGAGUUCAAGAGAGAAUUCAAUAAAUCAAUAAGCAAAGUGUAUCGAUUAUUGGAGUUUUAAUAAAGGAAUAAUUAUAUUAAGAUGCAAUCUCCUUAUCCGAGUUUGUAUGAAGUAGGAGGCUAAUUUAAAAAUUGGCAGUUCGAGGCUGAACAAGCAGCUAAGAUGUUGUAUUUGAUAGAUCACAACUAAGUAAAAAGCAAUAUGAGAAUGUGCAAGUUUGUGGAAAACAACAUAGGUGAAAUGGAAUGGUGGGAUCUAAAGAAAUAAGGGGAUAACAAUAAUUAGAAUAGGUUAUUUUUGAUGCUCCAUCCUUGGGAGGCUGAUGCUCAAUUAAGUACAUAGUUAGACUAGAUAUUGAACUAUUAGAAACCAACAUUCUCUCCUUUGAUAGGUGUGCAAUCGAUGGGUUACUGUGUUAGUUUUGCAUUCUCUCGUGGUUGGGAUGUGUCACCUCAUUUCACUUCAUAAAGAGCUAUGUCAUUGAUGCAUUUCUAUCUGUCUUGUUUAUCAAAGGAGGCACAAGUAUUCAAUUAAUUGAUGAUACAAACUGUUGAGUUGCUGACGAAGAAGAAACAGUAGUUGGAUUUAAAUUUUAAGCCAAUGGAUUUAUUUUUGUUAGCAUAAUACACUAUAGAUGAAUCUAAUGAAGUUAUGAAUGCCGCAUGUAAUUUAAUACUGUCAUAAAUUAGAAAGUCUGAUUAAGAUAUGCAAGAAUAGCAUAAAUUAAUUAGAGAGCUGCUGGAUCUAAAUAAGGAGCAGCAAGGACAUACUUUUUCAAAUGUGGAGGUGAUACUUCUUAUGUUAGAAUCCUAUUUAACAGGGAUGUGUUAGACUCUCUAAUAGAGUGAAGAUUAAAAGCGAAGAGUGAUUCAAGGAUUAAAUCUCAAGAAUUGCAUAGUAAAUCCCCAUCUCUGUGCACCACUUCUAAAAGUCUUUGUAGAUGUCUAAUAACAUUUUCGAAAUACCUACAAUCCAUCAGACAUAUUUAGAAAUCUAUUCUUCAUCUUCUUUCAAUACAACACUGUCAUAGAAUACUCAGAGAUUCUCACUCAGGGUGGUCAACAAAUGCAAUCGAUUAAUCUAUUAAAAGAAAUUAGUAAGCAAUCAGAUGAUAUGAAAAAAAGAAUGAGACAACUAACAGCCAAAAGCAUCAUUCAAGUUGCCAUUGCAGCCCCAGUUGAUUUUACUAAAAUCUUAAACAAGGAUAUUGUCAAUUUGGAAACUCAUUUAUUUUAUCCUUCAUCUAUAAUUGAAAUCAUAAGAAACUACAUCAAAUCAUAACAUAACAACAUCCACAAAUAGUUACCCAUCCUUAUGGAUAUCAUCCUCAAAAGCCUUGAUCCAAACAAUCCCAAUCUACGUAAAGUGUGCCAUAGAUCAGCUACGUAUGCCUUGCAAACGAUUUGUAAAACCUUUAAGUGUGUCUGUUUCCAUCAAUAAACUUAAAAGAUAGCCAUUGGAGAUACUCAAAUCAUAAUCUAUGACUUAAGAACUGCUGUUAAAUGGAGAGUCUUGGAUGGACACAGUGGUCAAGUUAAUUGUCUAGAAUUUGAUCAUACAGGCAAGCAAUUGGCCAGUUUCAGUGACACUGAUUGGAAGAUUAAAAUUUGGAAAGUCGGAUCAACAGGGUAUUGAGAUUAAAUAUAUCAUUAGAUUCUUUGGAGCCAUCAUCGGAAUACAAGGAAAACCAGCCAAAGAUAUGUCUGUUAGAUAAUAGCCUUUAGAUCAUCCCUAAAUCUAAUGGUCACAAGACGAUAGUAAAGUCUACCUAAUGUCAAAUGGGCAAUCAGUUGGACAAUGUCAGCUAUGA